GAUAAGAGAGUCUUACUCGGUCCUGCCUCUUCGUGCUUAUUGGGCAAUUCUCUGGUUGCAAAUCAACAAAACCAGUCCGCCAAAUAUCAUUUACAGGAUUAAGGGACUAAAUUGAUUGGGAUCAAAAAUGUCGGGGUUCGAAAUUCAUGGAUUAGAAAAAAUUCCCGUCUGAUCCCGCUCCAACCCAAUUCCAACUCGGUGCAUACCUUGUGCGAGCCCCGGUCAGAACGAGCUUCCCGGGUCGGAAUACGGAAACCAAAACGCGUCCCGUCCGGUCCCGCUCCAACCUCUCUAUUCCAACUCGGUACAUACCUCCAAGGCUCCAGGGCUAUAUACGUACUGUACCUGCGAGCGCUGCACUCCAUAGUUCAAAGUCGAAACCAAGCACGAUGCACGAGACGAGACCUGGGUUCCAAACAACGCACGAGACUCGUCGUGACACCGCAAGCACGAUGGUGACCUCCGGCGAUAUCGUCGUCGACAUCGGCGCCGACGAGGAACAGGACCAGGUGACGCUGCCCGUCGCGCGGCCCGUCCCGUACCUGCUGUCCUUCACCGACCUGAGCUACAGCGUUCGGCGGGGCCGCGGCGCCGGGCUGAUGGGCUGCCUGCCUUCGCGCGUCCUCGGCUGCCUGGCCUCCACGUCCACGGACACCAACAGCAGCAGCAGCAACACCAGGGCGCUGCUCGACGGCAUCUCCGGCUCCGCGCGCGAGGGCGAGAUUCUCGCCGUCAUGGGCGCCAGCGGGUCCGGCAAGUCGACGCUCGUGGACGCGCUCGCGGGCCGGAUCUCCCGGGACAGCCUCCGCGGCAGCGUCACGCUCAACGGGGAGCCCCUCCAGGGCCGGCGGCUCCGGUCCAUCUCGGCCCACGUGAUGCAGGACGACCUGCUGUACCCGAUGCUGACGGUGCGCGAGACGCUGCUGUACGCCGCCGAGUUCCGCCUCUCCGGGGCGCUCUCCCCGGCCCGGAAGCGCGCCCGCGUCGACGCGCUCAUCGCCCAGCUCGGGCUGACACGGGCAGCCGACACCAUUAUCGGCGACGAGGCCCACCGCGGGGUGUCGGGCGGGGAGCGGCGCCGCGUAUCCAUCGGCGCCGACAUCAUCCACGACCCGAUCCUGCUGUUCCUCGACGAGCCCACCUCCGGGCUCGACUCCGCCAGCGCCUUCAUGGUGGUCGAGGUGCUCCGCGACAUCGCGCGGAGCGGCAGCGUCGUCGUCAUGACCAUCCACCAGCCCAGCGCGCGCAUCCUCGGCAUCCUCGACCGCCUCCUGCUCCUCUCCCGCGGCCGCACCGUCUACGCCGGCACGCCCGCGGGGCUCAAGCCCUUCUUCGCCGGCUUCGGCAGCCCUAUCCCGGACAACGAGAACCCGGCCGAGUUCUCGCUCGACACCAUCCGGGAGCUCGAGCGCCUGCAGCCCGACGGCGCCGCCACGCUCGCCGACUUCAACGACACGUGGCAGGAAGCCCACGGAGGAGUCGUCAUGGACAGCCCCCCGAUGGCGCUGGAGCUCGCCAUCGCCGAGAGCGUCUCUCGGGGGAAGCUGGUGGCCCGGAGCAGCACUACGGAGGAGACGGCGUCGUCGUCGUCGUCGGUGCCGACGUUCGCGAACCCGCUGACGGUGGAGGUGUGGGUGCUGAUGAAGCGGUCCUUCACCAACACGUGGCGCAUGUGGGAGCUCUUCGCCACGCGGCUGGGCACCAUCAUGGUGACGGGCUUCAUCCUGGCGACCAUCUUCGUGCACCUCGACGACACGCCCAAGGGCGUCCAGGAGCGGCUCGGCUUCUUCGCCAUGGCCAUGUCCACCAUGUUCUACGUCUGCGGCGACGCGCUGCCGGUCUUCGUCCAGGAGCGCCACAUCUACCUCCGGGAGACGGCGCACAACGCCUACCGCCGGAUCUCCUACGUGCUCGCCAACGCCUUGGUCACGUUCCCGCCGCUAACCAUCCUGUCCCUGGCGUUCGCGGCCACAACCUUCUUCGCCGUCGGCCUCGCAGGCGGCGCCACAUCGUUCGCCUUCUUCACGCUGGUCGUGCUGGCUUCGCUCUGGGCGGGGAGCGGCUUCGUCACCUUCAUCUCCGCGGUGGUGCCGCACGUGAUGCUGGGGUACACGGUGGUGGUGGCCAUCCUCGCAUACUUCCUGCUCUUCUCGGGCUUCUUCAUCAACCGCGACAGGAUCCCGGGCUACUGGGUAUGGUUCCACUACAUGUCGCUCGUCAAGUACCCGUACCAGGCGGUGCUGCAGAACGAGUUCGGCGACGCCACGCGCUGCUUCGCCAGGGGGAUCCAGAUGUUCGACGGGACGCCCAUCGCCGGCAUGUCCGAGGCCGUGAAGAUGAAGGUGCUCGGCGCCAUCAGCGCCACGCUCGGCACCAACAUGACGGCCAGCACCUGCGUCGUCACCGGCGCCGACGUGCUCGCGCAGCAGGCCGUCACGGACCUCGGCAAGUGGAUGUGCCUCCUCGUCACAGCCUCUCUCGGCUUCUUCUUCCGGGCGCUCUUCUACGUCGUCUUGCUCGUCGGAAGCAAGAACAAGAGGAAGUAGGCGGGCUCCAUGGAACGAGAUACAUAAAAUGGCCGAUACAUAAUACUCCGUACAUACAUUCCAUUCAUGUGUUAUAGUACUGUUUUUUUUUUGAUAGUUGUUAUACUGUUGUUCAUUUGAUGACAAUAGGUUCCUUGUGUUUAUCCCCUACGGGUGGAAAAGUCAUUCUGAGGUGGGGAAAUUUUCAACUCUACAGAUUUGUCUGUCGUCAAUGUCUUAAUGAUGUAUCUUAGUCAAUUGGUUUAACUCUUCCUGCAAUUCUUAUUUGUUCGGCACAGAGAUAGACAAUCGUUGCACACCAUACUGUAUUGAUUUAUUCAGAGUUGUUGUAUCUUCA